UAUUGCAGACAUUUGUCAGCUAAUUUACAAAAGAUUGAAGAUAAAUUAGAAGAAAUGUUUGCUGGGAUUGAUGAUGAACAAUUGUUAACUACAACAGCCGAUGAUAUACAUAUGCCUAAAAAAAACGUUCAAGACGCUGUAGAUAAAUGUAUCAAGGAUAAUUGCCGUGAUAAUGUAAAGAUUGGUAAUGAAGCUUUCGUGGAUAACAGUUUUAAAUAUGAACCGUUAAUGUCAAAAACAACGAUAUAUCCAACGAAAGGUGCUAAGAAGUCCUCAACUUCUUUGCCUAACAGUGAGAAUAAUAAACACGACAUUUCUCUAUUAUCAGAUCAAAAAGAUUUAAAAAUUCCGAAAUCUUUACUAUAUUUAAAAACAAUGCCACCACGUAGAAGACUUUCGAUUGCAAUGAAUUCAGAUUUAUUAAAAUUGUCGGUGACAACCACUGAUGAAAAAAAUAAAGAAAAGUCUACCAAUAAUGAUUUCAUUACAAAAAAUGAUAUGGCAUCUAACCUAUUUGAGUCACAAACAAAUAAGGAAGUAAAAAAUUUGAGAAAAGAUGUUGUUAAAAAUAAAAACAAUCAAAAAAAUACUUCCAAAUAUAAAAAAGAAAUUGCUUAUAUAAAAUCCAAUAACAAAAAAAAAACUGAAGUUUCAAAUAAAGCAAAACAAAGUCGACAAAAAAUAAAACAACGACGUAUACAACAUUUACUAUCUUCUGAAAACGACAAUGUCAUUGAAGAAAGAACUCUGCAAACUAAAGAUAUUGAUACUAAACAUCGCUCUCCAUUUAUUUUAGUAAAAAAUAAUGGCAGUAUUACUGUUGUUAACACUGUAACAGCUGACGAUUCUAGUGAAAAAUGGACUAGAUCAAAAAAAAAUUGCAACUAUGUAUACGAACGAAAAACAGUUAAAGGAUGCCAUUCAUCUACAUUGAGUAAUAGGUAUGAUGCAGAUACAGCUGAUUCAUCUUGGAUAUGCGUCUUUUGUAAAAUUGGACCACAUAAAAAAGGUUUAGGAGAUUUAUUUGGCCCCUACAUAAUAUCAAGUGAUUGUGAUGAAUAUCGAUGUAAUAAAAAAUUAACAGAAGAACUAAAUAAGCAACAACAUAUAAACUUUUCAAAAAAAUCGGUCACAUAUAAUAAUGAUAUGCUAAUACCAAAUGAUCGACACAUUUAUGGAUUCAACCAAGAGCAGACCGCAAGCAGUUCUAUGUUAGGAAUGUCACAAAUUUCAGAUAACUGUUAUGAAAUUUGGAUUCAUGAAGAAUGUGCUAUUUGGUCGCCAAAUAUAUUUGUGGUUGGCUCACGACUAGCAGGUUUGGAAGAUGCCACAUGGAGCAGUAUGCGAUACGAAUGCGCAUACUGUUUAAAACAAGGUGCUCUACUUUGCUGUUUGCAACGUGAUUGCAAAAUUACAUCACAUAUACCAUGUGCGCGUGAAUUCAACUGGCACUUAGAUGAAUCAAGGUUUUGGACAUAUUGUAGUAAACAUGUUACAAAUAAAUUUAACAACUAAAUAUGAAUGUAACUAUGUAUUUAAUAAAAGUCUAUUGGUAACCCAAAAAUCGUUUUCAAAAUAUUUUGAAAUUAAGAAGAUGAAUAUAAUUUAAAGAGUUUAAAAGUACAUAUCGAAAUGAAAAAGGACUUCGACGCCAUAUUCAGGCCUGCUAAAUUUGCCGAUUUUAUACUAUUUUUUGAGGUAUAGUCAAUUUCGACAUUUUUGCUUUAAAAAUGCCGAAUUUUUCUUUAAUUUUAAAAACAUGGUUACAUAAAUUUUUUUAUUAAUUUGGCAACUCUAAAUACAUCAAUAAAGCUAUUUGAAUUAUA